UCACCUACACCUCAUUCUAAAACUCUUAUGUCACGUGUGACCCAAACCCCCGGUUAAUUUCCCUAGUUUAUGAAUAAUUUAGCCAAAUCACAUAUGUUUCAGAGUUAUAAAACUGUAAAAUUGCCAUAAAGAAACAAUGGGAGGAACACACGUAAUGAAGAGAAUUCCACGCAUUAAAUUUCCUCGACGACACCCAAAACCUUCUUCUGGUUCCACACAACAGAACUCACAACAUAUGAAAACUUCUUCAACUGAUGAUGUUCCUCGAACAUUCUUCUCAAGAUCCCCAUCUAGCACGGCUGUUGCAGGGAAGGCUUCUGACCAACCUAAAAGAACACCGGUGUCUCAGGAGGAAAUUGAGGCCAUAUGUUGGUUGGCUGCAACUAAUUUUGAGGCAAAGAUGUGCUGACAGAGGACAUAGUUUUCAACGUCUGGCUUACAUUUGGGUGAUUUCUUUUGCAUGUAUGGUGUAUAACUGUCGCAGUUUUCUGGAAUUAUAAGUGUAUUCUGCAAAUGUUGUCUUUGAUUAAUGAUCAUUAAACAUGGGAGGUUAAUGUGAUUGGCUUUGCUACCCCAUUCCAUUUUUAAGCAUUAUUGAACCCUUUGAUAAAGAAUGUAAACAUUUGCACACUAUUAGGCAUGAUAUAAUUCUGGUCUAUCAGCUUGGAUAUUUGUCAAGA